AUGGAACAGAUCAAUGGAUCUGUCCGGAUGGAGCGUGCACUGCUGUACACAUUCCUGGAGGUAUCCUCUGACUGCAAGUUCAGAGAGCAACUGCAGUCCCUCCAAAGCCAGGGGGGUGUGUUUUUCCCCCGCUACUGUUAUGAUGAUGAGGUGGAACUUCAGACUGAUGGCAAUCGGAGCGGCCACUUGCAGAAUGGUGAGCUAGUGUUUGACCCUGAGGUAAAUGAAGAAGUUGUCCGGAUCAUUGCUGCUCAGCUCGCUGAAAUUGGAGACCAGUUUGAUAAAGAAAUCAAAGCAAGAGUAGUAAAUGAUCUAGUGCAGCACUUUCUGAAUGAGAAUCUGUCUGGAGAGGAGAUAACCCGGCGCAUGUCAGAGGCAGUGGAAGGGCUUGCACGAGCCAUCCCCUCAGACAUGGAGCAGGAGAAGGCUAUGUUGGUGCUGGCAAUGGUCUUAACUAAAAAAAUUGCGAAUACAAUGCCCUCCCUUCUACAGCGUGUCUUCAGCACUACCGUGAACUACAUCAGCCAGCAGCUCCACAACUACAUUGUCAGAAUGCUGCGUGAGUGA